AUGAGCGGGUUCAAGUUUGAGCAAUACAUACAGGAACUAUGGGACCGAGCCAGGUGCCAAGAGCCCGACAACAGGGAUAAGCAUGAGGAAUGGGGCAUCUGUCGUCUAGCAGGAACAAGAGCAAGGAAUAGGAGGCCAAUAACAAAUGACCAAAAAAUAUGCAAAGAGAUGAACAAUUACCAACCCACAUGGGGCGAAAGAGUAAGAAGUAUAAUGCUAUGCAAGGCCCUAGAAGUAUGGAUGAGCCAAUUGAGGCAAGAACCAGGGAACAAAGUCGUAUGGCACGAACACAAGUGUAAACCGGAGGAGACAGGAUGCAUACAAGGACUGAGGGACCAAAUAAAAUGUCCCAUGCAUCCAGAAGAGGAGAAGUGGAGUCAACUAUAUAGUUGGAGUGAACUAUUCAGCCAGAACCCAUACGAACGGAAUCUUAGGAUAUGCAUGGAUAUAAUGACAAUUUUACUGAGGGUAUUCAGCCGUGCCGCAUAUAAAAAGGAAAGCUGGCUUGAUGGCGAGCACAAGGACCUGUGCCAACAGAUCUAUAAAUUCCUAAAAAACUGGGCAGGCGACCGAGUGGCUCAGAAGAUUAUGGACGAGUGGUUUACCCCAAGCAUGAAAUCUAGCCCUAACAACAAAUUUCCUGUCCGAGGAACAACAACAGUGGACACUAUAUGGGCCCCAUUUUUCUGGCAAAUACAGAGUCUAAUAACAAGCGUACAAUGUAGGUGGGAACAAGAACAACAAGAGUAUCGAACAGUUUGCCCCCACCUAGAUACUCAGGGAUGUGAUUUAACAGAGGAAGAGGAGGACGAAACGAAGAAGGAAAAGAAGCUACAGGACAGGAGGGAGCAAUUAAACAGGACACCAGAAAAGAACAAGAUCAAAAACUUAGAGCAAAAGGAGAGGGAACAGGCCAAGAUGAUCAGAGGUAUACGAGAAGAGACAGGACUAAGUAUAGGGAAGAUAUUUGGGGGUCUGAUUCCUUUGACAGUCCUUCUAGGAACCAGCGUGUAUGUCUAUAGGAGGGUCUUCAGGAAAACUCCCCAGACAGAAAGAAGUCAAAGAAUGAACAGCGCCCAGCGGGCUAAAAUAGCUGCAGAACUCCAACAGAAGUUACGGACAAUAAAAUACCAGAGCCUCUAG